GGUUCCCUCUCUCAUUAAUAAGGACCAAAGAAGUCCGCUCAGAAGUUUCAGGAAGUUGUUGUGAAGAAGCUGACCGAGAAACUGCGGCGCUAUAUAAAGUGAUGGCCAAACCCAGGAUGUCUUCCAUCGACGGGAAGUUAGCCGAAGAAUUCGCCGUUCCCGCCCACGUCGAGGAGGUCAAAGAGAAGAUGGCCGCCUUCGCCGGACACCACGUGGCAGCGGGUCGCAGGGUGGUUCUCAUCACGUCGGGCGGAACCAAAGUGCCUCUGGAGUCCCGCACCGUACGCUUCCUCGACAACUUCAGCAGCGGCAGACGAGGGGCCUCGUCGGCAGAAUAUUUCAUGGACUCGGGCUACGCUGUCGUCUUCCUGCACAGGCAUCGCUCCCUUUACCCCUACGCGCGGAUGUUCUCCAACAUUAACAUGCUGGACGCCCUGAAGUUCAGCGGUGGAGACGGAGCGUCCGGUAACUCUGGUGAAGUGGUGGUUAACCAGCAGGUGCUUCCAGACAUUGCCAGAGCUCUAAAGAGAUACCAGGAAGUGAAGGAGGGCAGACUCCUGCUGCCCAUAGAGUUCAGCACUCUGUCAGAGUAUCUGCAUCUCCUCAAAGCAGCGGCACAGGCCCUCAGCGCAAUAGAAUCCAAGGCCAUGUUUUACUUGGCUGCAGCCGUGUCGGAUUUCUACAUCCCGGCAUCCGAGAUGCCUGAACACAAAAUCCAGUCAUCCAACGGACCACUUCAACUCAGCAUGAACAUGGUCCCUAAGAUCCUGUCCCCGCUGGUGAAGGACUGGGCACCCCAAGCUUUUGUCAUAUCCUUUAAGCUGGAGACGGAUCCGACCAUCUUGCUGGACAAGGCUCGACGGGCCCUGGAUGCCUACAGGCACCAGGCGGUAGUGGCCAACGUGCUGGACUCUAGACGGGGUUACGUGGUGGUGGUGACCCCCGAGACUCAGGCCGAGCUGAUCAUCUCCGAUGAGGAUGUGAAGAACGAUGUGGAGAUAGAGGAGAGGAUAGUGAGCAACCUGACAUCCGCACACAACAAGUUCAUAACUCAACAAGGAGGUUGAACAGAAUCCGACACUGCAUGUUUGAGUCUGUGAAGCAGCUGCACUUCGUUGUUGUUCUUGUGUGCGGUUGCAAAACUUCAGAAAUAAUUAGAACUAUUAAAAAAUAAUGGCUUCCCUUGUCCUUUAAAAAAUGGACCUCUACGUGAUCUCUGAAAAAGUACAAUAUACAAGUUUCAAGGUUU